AUGAUGGCCGAUGUAGAAGCUGAAAUUCGACCGGAUUUAAAAACAGACAGCGGCGAUGAAUCGGACGAUUUAAGUGAAGUAUUAGAAGAAAGUCCAUGUGGCAGAUGGCAGAAGCGUAGGGAAGAGGUUGAACAACGAGAUGUACCAGGAAUUGAUAGCGCCUUCCUGGCUAUGGAUACGGAGGAGGGGAUGGAGGUUGUCUGGAACGAAGUGCAGUUUUCAGAAAAGAAAAACUUUAAAGCUCAACAGGAAAAAAUCCGGCAGGUAUUUGAUAAUCUAAUCCAGUUGGACCACCCAAAUAUUGUAAAAUUUCACAAAUAUUGGACAGACGCUGCAGGGGAGAAGCCCCGUGUAAUUUUUAUUACAGAAUAUAUGUCGUCUGGUUCCUUAAAACAGUUUUUGAAAAAAACUAAAAAGAAUAACAAGACAUUCCCUUUAAAGGGUCACAGUAAAAAAAAACAGGCCUGGAAAAGAUGGUGUACUCAGAUUCUGUCUGCAUUAAGUUAUCUACAUUCCUGUGACCCUCCCAUCAUUCAUGGUAACCUCACCUGUGAUACAAUAUUCAUUCAGCAUAAUGGUCUUGUAAAGAUAGGUUCAGAUGCUGGAAUUCUUUACCAACUGGAAUCUAAAACUGUGGCACCUGAUGCAAUCCACCACCACGUGAAGACUUAUCGUGAAGACUUAAAGAAUAUGCAUUGCAUAGCACCAGAAUAUGAAGGUCCUGGUCAAGUGACAACCGCUGUAGAUAUUUACUCAUUUGGAAUGUGUGCAUUAGAAAUGGCAGCUUUAGAAAUCCAAGGGAAUGGAGAAGCUAAUGUUACACCUGAAGCAAUCACAAACACAUUAGAUUCCUUAGAAGAUUCUUUACAAAGGGCAGUACUGACUGAACACCAUUGCUCUUUUUUUCUUCUUUUUCCUUUUACUUUUUUCUUUUUCCUUUUUCCUUUUUUCUUUUUUCUUUUUUCUUCUUUCUUUUUUCUUUUUUCUUUUUUCUUUUUCCUUUUACUUUUUCCUUUUUUCUUUUUCCUUUUUCCUUUUCCAUUUUUUCUUUUUCCUUUUCCAUUUUUUCUUUUUCCUUUUCCAUUUUUUUUUCUUUUCCUUUUCCAUUUUUUUUUUUUUCUUUUCCAUUUUUUCUUUUUCCUUUUCCAUUUUUUCUUUUUCCUUUUCCAUUUUUUCUUUUUCCUUUUCCAUUUUUUCUUUUUCCUUUUCCAUUUUUUCUUUUUCCUUUUCCAUUUUUUCUUUUUCCUUUUCCAUUUUUUCUUUUUCUUUUUCCUUUUCCAUUUUUUCUUUAUUUUUUUCUCCUCUUUUCUCUCCACUUCUUCCUUCUCUUUUUCUCCUCUUUUCUUCUUCCUUCUCUUUUUCUCCUCUUUUCUUCUUCCUUCUCUUUUUCUCCUCUUUUCUUCUUCCUUUCCUUCUCUUUUAUGCUUGGCUGAUUUUAUCCAACGAUGUAUUGAAAGAGAUCCACACAAACGACCUGGAUCCCGAGAACUGCUCUUUCAUGCAGUGCUUUUUGAAGUCCAUUCACUAAAACUGCUCGCUGGUUACUGCUUUGUCAAAAAUUCCUAUAUUCUGCCUGGAAAUAUGGCAGAAGAAGCUUAUCUUCCAAAGACAGAUCCCUCAAAAGUGAUUGCUGAAAUUAACUUCAAAGAAACGGGUCUUGUGUCAUGGAAGUUUAGCCAAGUUAUUUCAAUAGAACUUGAAAAAUUUUUAGAAGAUGUUCGAAAUGGAAUCUACCCACUAACAGCAUUUGCUUUACCACACCCACCACCCUCACGUCCACGGGCCAUCACCCCUGAACUGGCUGAAUCGGUCAAGUCAGAAACACCCGAGCCAAUUGAUGUGGAAACACGGAUGGUGACAAAUAUGGCAUGCCAAAUGAAGAAGACAGAUGAAAAUUCCAACCUCAACCUAACCCUGCUGCUGCGUAUGGAUGACAAGAUGAAUCGACAAUUGCAGUGUGAGAUUUCUUUAGAUGACAAUGCCUCCACUUUGGCGGAGGAGCUUGUGCACUAUGGCUUCAUCAAUGAGUUAGACAAAGACAAAGUUGCAUCAUUGAUUGACCAAAAUUUGCGGCCAAAUAACCCAAAUGUAACAAAUGGACCAAUGUCACCAGUGACCGUCACAUCAGGCUGA